GUCCGCAGCGGCUGCCCCGGUGCGAGAGGAGGGGGGUGCGGCGGGGGAGGGCCUCCCCCGCCUCCUCCGCGCUGGCAUGGGGGGCAGCGAGAGCAGCCACGGCAGCAGGCGGGUCUCCUUCGGGCUGGAUGAGCGGGAUCAAGUCCGGGUGCUGCAGGGCAUCAGGCUCUCUGAAGAUGUUGUGAACCGAAUGAAACAAUCUUCUCAACCUAAAAGGGACAACCAGAGAUCACCCCACUCAUCCAAUGGCACAGCAUCAUCGUCCCCAGCUGCAGAAGGGACACCCAAAUCUCCGACAGGAAUCCAGCCACCAAUGGCAAGUAACUCUGAUCAGAAAUCUUCUACGGCAGAGCAGGAACUAUACAGGAGGUAUGAGCGAGAACAGGCACUGGUCCAGGAGGAGUUGCUCCGGCUGGCCAAGAGAGAAAGGGAAGCAGCCAGUGAGGCCUUGAAUACUGCCCUUCAGCGGGAAAGGAACAAUACUAAUGAAGAGAGGCAGAGAGUGGCCCAGCUGGCCAUGGAGCUGCAAGGCAGAGAGGCAGAAUUGAAGCGGCAAGAGGCCUUCUAUAAAGAGCAGUUGGCCCGCAUUGAGAGGAAGAACGCAGAACUCUACAAGCUGACGUCGGAGCAGUACCACGAGGCAGCCACCAGCGCGGAGAAGUGGAUAAAGAGGAGGAGCACUGAUCCUGUGUGUGCAAGGCUGCAAUCUGAAAUUCUGAAGUGCUACCAAGAAAACAAACAUGAAGUGCUCAAAUGCUCGGAGCUGGCUAAGGAGUAUCAGCGCUGCGUUAGUGCAGCUCAGAAGGAGCUGUUAGUUAAUUCUGGAUAAAGAGCAGCAGCCACCAAAGAGCAGAAGAUGGGGACCACAGACGCCCUUGGAAGCCCCAGCAUCCUUCUGUAUAGAUGCUGACCAAAACUGGUGCCUUCUGCCCGUAGCGGUCCAAGAAAACGACAUGAUUCCUCUUCUGAUUGCCUGCAUGUAUCAGCCUUGAUGGAUGUUUCUAGAGUUUGGAAGAGGGUCCGGGGUGUGUGUGGGGGGGGGGACAUAAAGCUUCCUUUUUUAAUUGUGUUACAAUGUAAAGAAUUAUUUUGACUACAAGUGCUCUUGGCACAGCUUGUAGUUUGGAGGCUUACCUAACACUGGCCUAGCUCACUAUGUACUAGCUUUGGUUUCACCCAUUCCCAUGUGAGUUUGGAGAGCUUUUGUCUUUGUCCUUGUGCUUCAAAGACAGGAGUCUGAAGUACUGGGAAAUAUCCCUGGCUAGCUUGUUAGGAUUAACUGUUCCUAGCAUGCUCCAAUCCAUUACACCAGCAGGCGUGUUUCUUCCCUUCCAAGGUUCCCUCCUAACAAAUAAAGUGUUUAAUGGUCA